CCCUGCGAGCGGAAGCUCUCUGGGCGGGACUUCCGGCAUCUUCCUCGCCUCGGUAGUCUUGCAGGCUCUGAGAUAGAAGCAUUCGACUAGAAGCUUCGGGUUGUUGGGGGGUUUCCGAGGUGACGGAAACGGAAGCGGAAGCGGGAGGGUGGGGAGGAGGCGCUGUUCGCCCUGCAGAGUGGCUCGCCAGCGAAGACCCCGCCUCCGCCCCCCGGGGCCGGGUUAUAGCGGCCUACGAACCUAAUGGCGGCAGCCGCGGUGAUGGGCCUGGUGCAGGUCCUCUGGUGUCAAGGCUCAGCUAGAUGCAUUGCCGCCUCUGUUCCCUGUGUCCCUCAGCUCCUGCUGCCCUGAAGCCUUGCCAGGAAUGGUUUAGGGGUCAGGGGUCCUAAGGUCCUCUGUCGUUGCUGAACUGUAACGAGAGAGAACUCCAGGUGCCUAAAUGAAGAGGGCAUGACUCUAGUCACAGCAGGAGAGGCUUGGGCAAGCCCUGGUUGUUGGCAUGGAGUGAAGGAUGAAGAGGCAUCUUCUGAACAGAGCCAUACUAAUAUGUCACAUAUUAAUACUUCCAAGGCAGGUUCACCCACACAGGCGGCUCACUUUUGUGACAUAUGUUACCCUAUCUUGAAAGAUAUUUUGCACCUGGAUGAACACCAGGGUAAACACCAUGGACUAAAACUUCACACAUGUGAGGCUUGUGGGAGACAAUUUGGGUUCAGUGUAAACCUUCACCAGAACCAGCAGUGUUACAGUAUAGAGAAACCCUUAAGAAGAGAUGAAGGUGAGGCCUCAUUUGUGAAUAACUGCACAGUUAGCAAAGAACCUCACCCAUCAGAAAAGCCCUUUGCCUGUAAGGAGGAGCAGAAAAACUUCCAGGCUACUUUGGGUGCUUGCCAACAAAAGGCCACCCAAAGCAAGAGGAAGACACACAGAAGCACUCAGAAUAAGGAUGCAUUUCAUGGUGAACAAAUGCAUUACAAGUGCAGUGAAUGUGAGAAGGCUUUCCGCCGCAAAGACACACUGGUCCAACACCAGAGAAUCCAUAGUGGAGAGAAACCUUAUGAAUGCAAUGAAUGUGGAAAAGCCUUCUGCCGCAAAGCUACACUUGUCCAGCACCAGACAAUCCAUACUGGAGAAAGACCUUAUGAGUGCAGUGAAUGUCGAAAAACCUUCAGCCGCAAAGCUACACUUGUCCAGCACAAGAGAAUCCAUAGUGGAGAAAGGCCUUAUGAGUGCAGCGAAUGUGGAAAAACCUUCAGUCAAAAAGACAACCUUACUCAGCACAAGAGAAUCCACACUGGAGAAAUGCCUUAUAAGUGCAAUGAAUGUGGGAAAUAUUUUAGCCAUCACUCCAAUCUAAUUGUACACCAGAGAGUUCACACUGGAGCAAGGCCUUAUAAGUGCAGUGAUUGUGGGAAAGUCUUCAGACACCAAUCUACACUUGUUCAACAUGAGAGUAUUCACACUGAGUCAAAGCGUUUUGAGUGCAUUGAAUGUGGGAAAUUCUUUAGUCGAAGUUUUGAGUUUAUUGCACACCAGAGGGUUCACACUGGUGAAAGGCCUUUUGUAUGCAGUACAUGUGGGAAAGAUUUUAUCAGAACCUCCCACCUUGUUCGGCACCAAAGACUUCACACUGGAGAAAGGCAGUGAAUGUGGGAAGGCCUACCGCUUAAGCCUUCACCUCGAAUCGGUACCAGAAAGUUCACACGGCAGACAGGCUCUAGGACUGCUCUGAAUACAACAGAACUCAUCAGUCAGAUGUUGAACUUCAUAUAUCUGAACAUUGACUCAAGGGAGAUACCUUAUGGUGCCAGGUAUGUGGGAAGCUUCUAGGGAUGUGUUGCACUUUCUGACCUGCUCAGGUUUUUUGCCUGUCAGUGCCUGUGGCCAAAACCAUCUUAACUCUACCAGCUUACAUACCCCAGCAUCAGGGAAGGCAGGGUUUUAUAUUCUCCAGUCCCUGGAGAAAAUCAUGAAAUGCCUGAGUUCAUUGGGGGUCCUCAUUCCCUUCUGUGUGACAGGUAUAGAUAUGGACAUGACCCAUCAUUAGCCAAGAAGGUCUGAGCUAUAUCUGUUGGUGGCUUAUACAAAAGGUUUACUUUCUUCAUGGAUAGUCUUGGUCUCACAUACUUGUAAUGAACUUUUCCAGCCUCCAAGUCACCUGACCUGGGAAAGUACUUGCCUCAAGUUGCUCUGGUUUGCGAUAAUAAAGGCCUUACAGUUUAAGCCACUUUUAA